AUGAAAAUUCUUAAAGUGGAAGAUGAAGCGCGGAUUGAGCAUAAUAUGAAGAUUGGCAACGAUCUUUACCUUCAGUACCAAGCCAUUUCGAUCGUCAAGCUGAUUGAGGAGCUUGAGGUGUUCAAAGAACGAUGUGUUGAGCUCGACAAGCACGACCACGACACCCCAAUCAAUAUUUUGCAUUGCAUCAGCCGCAAAUUGCGUUUGAUGGUCUAA